GCGAGGGGAAACCAACAAGGAGACUUUUGUCCAAGUGGCGUUGCCGUACCGCUCCUGUUGCAGCGGGAAGCCCCUUCGUUUCGGGCCUAAGCGACCGAGCGACUUUGAUCAAAUCAUUUUUUUUUGGGAUUGAUUGCCUGGGCGUCUGGACGCGUCGACACACGACGUCCUCUCUACUUCACUGCACUAAAGCGCCCGUAGUGUCAUUUUCGCGUCCCGAUAAAGUCGUCUCGGCGCACGUUGAAGCGUCUCGAACGAGCUGAGCUGAGUUUAGCUUCCUCGGGAAGAAAGAGAUCGGGUGCGACUGGAAAGCGUCGCGACCGACGCGUGGAAAUGUGCGCGAGACGCGUGAAAGAGGAGGAGCCCGAGGAGGACCUUUGGGGGACCAAAGAGGAGAAGCGGCCUCAACUUCAGCGACUUUGCAAGUCGGAGCCUCGAGUCGCGUUACGCAGCGCCGACGUCAAUGAAGAUCUGGGGCCCGAGCGGCAGGAGCCAGAAUUCUCUCACAUCAAAAAGGAAGCCGAGCUGCAGCCCCCACACAUUAAAAAGGAAGAGCAGGAGGACGAGUUUCCAUCGGCUGGAGUCGCUGUCAAGAGCGAAGACGAGGACGGAGGGCACAGUGGAGCACCGCAAUCGGACGGCCUCUUGGCUCCACUUUCAGAUGGUGACAAUGCAACCUCGCACUCUUCCGACUAUGACGAUGAUCGUGAUAGACACUCGAACAUGAGAUGCCCGACGGACAACAAACGAGUCAAAUGUUCUCUCUGUGAUAAAAACUUUGACAGCAAGUCGGUGUUGAGAGUACAUCUCGGAACACAUACUGGAGAAAAUCCUUUUGCCUGCUCAGUGUGCGGUCAAACAUUCCAUCAUAGUGGCACGCGGCACACAAGAAGGCAACAUGAUGGCGAUCAGCCCUUUUCCUGCUCAGACUGCGCGAAGCGAGUCUUUCAAAAUGGAGACUUGGUCGGACACAGAAGAACACACACUGGAGAGAAACCUUUUGCGUGCUCAGACUGCGGUAAAAGAUUCGCUCGGAAGGCAGGCUUAGGCAAGCACACUUGUGCGCAGGGUGGAGGGAAACCUUUUGCUUGCUCGCUCUGUGACAAGCGCUUCAAUCGCAGGAGAGAUUUGACCAAACACACCAGAACGCACACUGGAGAAAAACCUUUUGCCUGUUCCGUGUGUGACAAAAGAUUCAACGAGAAGGGCGAUUUGACAAGACACGCGAGACGACACACUGGCGAAAAACCGUUCCUCUGCUCAGUGUGCGGUAAGAGAUUCUUGCUCAAAGCACAGUUCGCGACACACUUCCGAACGCACACUGGUGAAAAACCUUUUGCCUGCUCGCUCUGUGGUAAAACCUUCAUUCAGAAAGGCGCCUUGAGAGCACACGUCAGAACACACACGGGAGAAAAACCUUUUGCAUGCUCACUAUGUGACAAGCGAUUCUUUCGGAACGAAGAUCUAACAAUACACACUCGAAGACACACUGGAGAAAAACCUUGCGCGUGCUCAGUUUGUGGUAAAACCUUUGCUCGGAACUCGCAGCUAUUAGCGCACAUAAGAACGCACACCGGUGAAAGACCUUGCGCGUGCUCUGUGUGUGGCAAACGUUUCAUUUUCCAGACAGCUCUACUUGCGCACGCGAGAACGCACACGGGAGAAAAACCAUUUGCCUGCUCAAUUUGUGGGAAGCAAUUCUCCCAGAACUCAAACUUGACAAGGCACACCAAGACGCACACCGGAGAGAAACCAUUCGGUUGCGGCGUGUGCGAUCAAAAAUUCUUUCGGAGGUAUCUCCUGAGUCGGCAUAAGUGCACUGGCCAGAAGGGCGGCGGUCAGUGAAGCUGUGGAAGAAUCCGAGGCUGUGUCGAGAAAGUCCACGUCGCUCACCUUUCCGCCAUCCCUCUUUUGCCUUUUGGCGAAAAAGGUCACGGGGUUAAGGAGAGAUGAAAAGGAUGCUUCUUUUCCCACAUCGGAAAAGGACCAAGGCGGUUUCCCAUUUUAAAGCGAUUUUUGAUUUGCCCCAGUAACGUGAGACAGUGCGAAUGCAUUUUGGAGGUUUGGGGGGCGGCUAAUGCUUUUUGUUGCUGUCACACUUCUCCCCCACACUUGGGAUCCAAAGAUUUUUGUCAACAGAGUGACACCGACCAAAACAAGAUGUAGCGAUGAGAUCAAAAGAAAACGUGACCCGGCGCCGCACGCCGGUGAUGACAGACUUCAACUCAGACGGGCAGCCAAUGGAGGUGAGCCUGCUGCCGCUCGGGACAACAAGGGCCGCGAUGCAAACGCCCCGUUGCCGAAUUAUUGUGAUGGCCAAAGAGGCCAAAGAAGCCAGUGCAACGUCAACAUUGGACUAAUUUUGCAAUGAAUUAUAUGAAGCAUUCAAAUGACAGUGUACAAUCGCAAUGCCU